AUGGCCUCCCAUUCUGGGGAACCAGGGCUCUUGCACUGUGGGUCUUGUGACAUGGCUUUCCGGUCCUGGGCCCUGCUGGCCACCCACACUCAGCGCUUCUGCAUUGGCCGCCUAACCCAAGAGAUGACACUAGGAGCACAGUCCUCAGUAGCCACAGAACCACGGGGUGCCGCGGUAGUGCCACAAGAAGUCCAGGAGGCCAGCCAAUCUACUCUAAAGAGUUUAACAGAGGAGGUGCGGCGGCUGCGGCUAUCCCUACAGGAAAUGCGACCCUGGAUAACACAAGGGUCCGCGGCGCCGCCUCAGCCCACCGCCUGCCAGGCUGCAGGGAGCCCCGGGGAGCGGCUGCGGGCGCUGCACCGGACUCGCUCAAGGCGCGUAGCGGAGACAGAAGCACAGAGCCGGGCGCUGGAGCGACGCGGCGAGGAACUGCGCCGGCGCCUCCAAGCUGUGGCCCGGGCGCGGGGCGGAAUAUCCCGCCUAUUUGGGCUGGAGCGGGAGCUUCGAGAACUCCGGGCAGAGACCGGGCGGACGCGAGGGGAUCUAGAGGUGUUGGGGGCGCACGUUCAAGAGCUGCACUCCCAGCCGGGGACCCGGUUGAACGCCUGGCUAGAGGCAGAACUCUAUUGUCCGGUGCUCCAGGCCAACCCAGGGACUCUGGCUGCCGAGAUCGGGGCCCUACGGAAGGCCUACAUUCGAGGCGGGGGCCGGGACCCCGGCGUUCUGGGCCAGAUGUGGCAGUUGCAAGUGGAGGCGUCAGCACUGGAGCUGCGGCGGUCGCGGACACGCAGGGGAAGGGGAGGUGCCACCUCGGGGGAGCUUCUAGUAGUGGAAGCUGAAAACCGGCGCCUGGAGGCAGAAAUCCUGGCCUUGCAGACGCAGAGGAGCCCAGGCAGGGCGCCCUGGGGGCCAGCGGAACCCCAACUCCUGGCCAGUCCCAACCCACGCCUGAGGGGGAGGAGAGAUCCUCCACUCCUCCUGCCGCCGAUGGCGCCCCCGCAGCCGCCAGCUCCAGGCUCCACCGAUGUCCAGUUCUUGGGUGGCUUGGGAAAGCCUCCGCAGCUUCUUGGAACCAUGACCAGAGACCUGGGCCUGGACCCACGGUUCCUGCUGCCCACAUCUGAUACGCUGGGCCCUGCACCAUACGACCCCGGGGCUGGCCUGGUCAUUUUCUAUGACUUCCUGUGGGGCCUCGAGGUUUCUUGGAUUUGGGUGCAGCUAAUGACUGGUUUGGCCCGAGAUGGACAGGAUACAGGACCGACCACAGCAUUGCCCCCAGCCCUUUGCUUACCCCCACCUCCAGCUCCUGGGCCCACGGGCAACUGUGCCAUCCUCGCCAGCAGGCAACCUGUGCCCAGACUGCCACCGUCACCAUCAGUAUCCUUGGUCUGUGAGCUACAGGCCUGGCAGGGGCUGGCAGGGGCUAGAGCACCACAGCCAAAGGCUUGGGCCUCACUGGUGCUAUUUGACCAAGAUCAGCGGGUGCUAAGUGGCCAUUGGCGCCUCCCACUUCGGGCUCUUCCUCGGGACUCCAGCCUUAGCCUCGGGCAGCUGAAUGGGAUUCCCCAGGCAGGUCAGGCUGAGCUCUUUUUGCGGCUGGUGAAUGCGAGAGACACAGGUGUCCAGACACGGGCGGAGAUCAAUCCAGCAAGUGCCCACGAGUACAAAUACCCACCCAUGGUGUCCAGCUCAUCUUCACUGGAAGCCAAUUCCCUCACUCCCACAGCUGGCUUUGCUGAUCCUCCACCUCCUGCAGAAGAGCCCCUUGGCAGAGUUAAGGAUAGACACAAGGGUUUGGGCCCUCACCACAGCUUUGACCCACCCCCACCAGGUUUCUGAGCCCAGGCAAAUGUGAAUAUGAGCAUUUUCACAUGCACAGGACUAGGGAUUAGACUGAGGCCUACUCCAAGACCUGCAGAUUUACUAUUUUCUGACAUAGAGCCUAGAAGAAAAUAGGUUAUGAGUGCAAAAUAUGAGCUCCAACCACAGCUUUGCCACCUCCUACAAAUACUUGACCUUUCUGUACCCGUUUUCCUUUUGCAAAAUAGAUUAACAUGAGGAUUAAAUGAGUAUGUUGGGCAUUUACCAUAUUGCCUGGCACAUAGGAAGCAAUCAGAAAGGUGACGGGAGUGAGGGGUAUUCUUUAAUUCCACCUGAAGGAACUAUCUAAAGUAAUUCCCACCUGGGUCUUGCCAAAGCGAGUUUUAUUGUCAAACUUUUCCAUUCAAAUCCCAGCUUCCUCAGCACUGCUGCCAGGAAGUCUUCCUGGCUCACAAGGUCCCCAUAAACAGAGUUCCUGAUCCUUGCUCUAUUCCAGGGUAGGGCCCCAGCCCAAUGAGGUUCCUCCCAAGUCGGGUCGCAUAUGAGAUCUAGCUAAAAUUAGAUAACUAGGCCUAGUCCUAGAUCCCAGUGUCAACCUAAGAAGGUCAAGGGCCUGGGAGCUAAGUAUGUCAUGACUGUCCUGACCAAAAAAGAAGAAAGAAGCCUCAGGACAUGGACCAUACAAGGGCACCUUCAGGAAGGAAGUUCAAAGCCAGAGAUUCAGCAGCCAUGAGUUACUGUGACCAGCCCAGAAAAACUCCAACUAUU